AUGCGGCCGGCUGCCGACACGCAAUCAAGAGCAUCCUUUCAUCCAUCCAAUGAUACUGCAACUUACCGUGAUCUACUACUCUUUGAAGAGCGCCUCAAAACCAACGCCGCUCAGCUCCAACGCAGAAAGUCCAGGUAUCAGCUGUUCCUAUUUCAUCUUCUGAUAGCUAUUGCAUUCCUUCUUUCCGAAGUUCUUCUUCAGACGUCCUUUCUAGACAUACCCUAUACGAACCUCCUCCGCAAAGUACUUCCAGAUGUGUACGGGGGUGUUGAGAGCUCAAAGCCCCACCCGUACUUUGCAUCGGGGCUCCUCUUCGUACUUGUAACUGCCCUCCUUCUCUUCUUUGCCAGCGGCAUGUAUGCUGAGAAAAUUGCAUAUGCAAAUAGAUAUGUUCCUCAUGCGAAUAAAGCUCUUCGAAAUUUCAACAUGUACCUGAAUGUCCGACGUCCUCCCCUUCGCUCAACAUUCUCUAUCAGCCCCUUUCCUUUUAUUUUCCAUCGACCUACCCAGUCACGAGGACCGUCCCCAACACCGCGCCCAUCCAAUGCACCAGCUCCCAUGGCUCCUAUACCACCAGCAAACAAUCCACGUGGUGAACUCAUUUUUUCGUCACGCGUUGACCGGGGCUUUAGGGAGAGCUACGAGAGAUAUCGAGCUGCAUUUGAAAGGAAGCGAGAUCGAAGAGAGAGGGAUGAAAGAGACAAGACGUGGACAGGACGAAUUGCGAACAAGAUGCCGUGGAAUCAACCGCCGGAUGCGCCGCCUGUUUUAGCCGUACUUUCACGGACCGCGUCUGGUCGCGGGCGGGGAAGCGUUGUCGGCACUCCAUUGGGGUCCAGGAGGUCAAGUCCUAUGCCGAGACCAGGGACAAGAGAUUCUCCUGCUGUGAGGACUAUUGAUUAAUAUUGAUUAAGCAGAUCUAACCAAUAUUGACAUUCGCAUUCGUCUGAAAAAUAAUGUCCAUUCAUACUUUUGUGAGGUGUCUUCCAAGCCGACUAGGUAGCAGAUGCGCCUUGGCUCUGUCACCUGAAGAAAAGUCGUCGGUGCCUAGUGAAUUCUAACAAUAUUGAAGAUGAACGGUGCCGUACACAGAGAUUGCCCUUCUACUUGAAAUCCUAUUGCAUAAGGAGCUCCCAAAUGCAGUGGCCGCUAGUCAACUAUUCGCGGUCCCGCGAAACCCCGUUGAACUCUAGCACGACAUUCAAAGGUAACAGUACCACGUGUUUAUCUCAAAUAUUAAUGAACACCGUACGGCAGUGUGUUCUCAGAUGUGGCGAACUUGAAAGCACCCCGUGUUAUGUAGGUUUGGGAAGGCGAAACAUGUACGAUACGCUUGCGAUACGCGAUUUUCAAAGUAGUACUUACAUCCACAUCAGAUAUAACUUACA